AUGGCGGACACCUGUGGGUGUGGAGACGGACAAUAUACAGUCAAUCCUCCCGAUCUUCGUGGACGAGUACCGGUUGGUGUAGAUGAGUUAGAAGUAAAUGCUGCUGGAAUGAAUAGGUCAGGUGCUAUUGGCGGACGAACUAUGCAUCGACUGACUAUUGAUCAAAUUCCAUCUCAUAACCAUAGUGCAGGUUCUCUCUCUACAUCGUCGAAUGGUACUCAUAGUCAUAUCGUUCGUGAUGAUGGGCAUAAUCAUGGUGGUCGAACAGGAUCCGAGCCGAAACUUGGGACAGGUAGAUGGGGAAGAUUGAAUGUAUAUUGUCCGUCUCCAGCCCCAUAG